AUGACGGCUGGGGUGACCGGGGCUCGGGUGAUCAAGGCUUCUCAACCACAGGCUGUGCACCGUCACUUGGAAAAGUCACCUGGCUCUGCUAUCCUCUGCAACAACUGCGGAAAAGCAUGCAAAGGAGAGGUGCUAAGAGUACAGAAGAAGUAUUUCCAUAUUCAGUGCUUUGUUUGCAAAGCGUGUGGCUGUGACUUGGCCGAAGGAGGAUUUUUUGUGCGGCAGGGAGACUAUAUCUGCACUUUGGAUUACCAGCGACUCUACGGGACUCGCUGCUUCAGCUGCGACCAGUUCAUUGAAGGAGAGGUAGUUUCAGCCCUGGGGAAAACCUACCACCCACAUUGUUUUGUAUGUGUGGUUUGCAGGCAGCGUUUCCCUCCUGGAGAUCGUGUUACUUUCAAUGGGAGAGACUGCGUCUGCCAGAAGUGUUCUCUGCCGUCUACUGGGAGCAGCAGCAGUUUUUCGGUCCAAGCGCCCCAAAAUUGUGGGGGCUGCGGCUCAGAAAUCAAGAAUGGGCAGUCCUUGGUGGCUUUGGGCCAGCCCUGGCACCUGACCUGCUUCAAGUGCCAGGUCUGUGGCAAAGUUCUGAACGCAGAAUACAUCAGCAAAGAUGGUGUUCCAUACUGCGAAAUGGAUUAUCAUGUUAAAUUUGGAAUAAGAUGCGACAACUGUGAGAAAUACAUCAUGGGAAGAGUUCUGGAGGCAGGAGAAAAACACUAUCACCCAACUUGUGCCAGGUGUAUCAAGUGCCGUCAGAUGUUUGCAGAAGGUGAAGAAAUGUAUCUUCAAGGAACUUCAAUUUUGCACCCAGCUUGUCGACAGGCAGCCAGAGUGGAAGAAAAGUCCAAGGAAACCAGGACAUCAUCUGAGAGCAUAAUGUCAGUGCCUGCUUCAAGUACAUCAGGGUCCCCAAGCCGAGUGAUUUACGCGAAGCUUGGUGAUGAAAUCAUUGACUACAGAGAUUUGGCUGCCCUUCCUAAGGACAAGGCCAUCUAUAACAUCGACCGCCCAGACAUGAUCUCCUAUUCUCCCUACAUCAGCUAUUCGUCAAAUGACAGGCGCAGUUAUGGGGAGGGGGAGCAAGAUGACCGGUCUUUCAAACAGUACAGGACAUCGAGUCCCAGCUUUGCAGGCUCACUCGGCUACGGCUGCCACACACCACCUGGCCAUUCACCUCAGAGUUACACCAGACCAGCUGGUACUCAGAGUCCUGGUACCAGUAGCUGCCUCUCCCUCCCCCAGCACACAAGCCUCAGAGCUGCAUUCAGGCACCAUUACAUCCCUUUCUUCAAAGGCAGUGAAAGUGGUCGGAGUACGCCAAGCCUCUCCAUGUACUCAGACAGCAAAUCUUCGCCAUCUCUCUAUCCACAGGCUCCUCGGCAUUUUCAUGUCCCAGACACUGGAGUAAAAGAUAACAUCUAUAGGAAGCCCCCUAUCUACAAACAGCAUGCCUUCAGAAAAUCAGAUGGUGGUAGUGAGAGCUCUGAUCAAGACAGCAGGAAGAUUAAGUCCAGUUGGCCGGCUUCGAAAGGAGACAUCAGUGCCAGAAUCAACUCGCCUGGCCUGGAUACUCAGUCACUCCCACAAAGCCCUGGAACUGACCGAGAACUUCAGCGGCUGCCCCAUGAUGCCGACAGCACCUACCCACGAUUUCCAUAUUCCAAAUCUGCCUCUCUUCCCGACUAUGGCAAGAAUGGAUUGCACCAUGGUGAAAACAUGACCCAAUGUGACAUCAACCAGGAUUCUGAUUGGGGAAGGAGAGAAUACAAGGUCUAUUCCUAUGAAACACUUAUUGUAACAAACAGAGUUCGUGUAAAACUACCAAAGGAUGUGGAUCGAACCAAGCUGGAACGGCACCUGUCCCCUGAAGAGUUCCAGGAAGUCUUCAAAAUGAGCAUUGAACAAUUCGACCGGCUUGCACUUUGGAAACGGAAUGAGCUAAAGAAAAAGGCACUGCUUUUCUAGCAUCCUACAGCAAAAAAAUAUGCUUAGUGAAAACAGAAUACAUUUGCCACAAGUUAUCAUAUGCACUGGCUGUAGUCCAUUUGUC